UCCCGCCGUCCUGGGGCUGCCCGGGAGGCGGUUUCCUUUCUCGUCUCUCCGCGCUCUCCCCAUAGCGGCUUCCGGUGACUGGUUGCGAGCGGCCCGAGCGGGCCCGGGGCCUCCUGGGCAGAGCCCGCUGGCCGUGGGGCUCCCCCCUGGGGCCCGCCUGUGCGUGCCCUCCCGCGUGUGCUCAGCCCCCGAGGCGGCCGCCUCAGGUUUCAGCCCGCGGCCGGCGCGUUGCGCUCGUCGCUCCCUUUUAGCUCUGCUACUUCUCCCUCUGGCUCCGGUGAGGUGCGGUUUGGUCGUUUGCCUGGGCAGCACGAAGUUGAUUAUUCCAUGUUUCCAAAGAUGAAGAGGAAACUUGCAAAAGUUGGGAAAUUGAGGCUUAGUCCUAAUGAAGAAACCAUGCUUCUGAAAGAAGAAUAUGAAAGAAGAAGAAAACUGAGGCUACAGCAAGUUAGAGAGCAACAGAAGUAUAUUGCCUUGCAAAUAAGACAGAAAGUAAAGCAGAGGCGAGAAGAACAACUACAUCGGUUAGAGGAGACACUGAGAGCCGAGUGGCAGAAAGCGCAGGAUCAGAAGAUGAAAGCCUUAGAAAAACUGUAUUUAUCAAGCUUAAGAGCGAUUGGUGAGGGUCACAGACAGGCCAAGGAGAAUGAACCUGACUUAGAAGCUCUGGCAAAGCAAGCAGAAGAAAGGAAGCAAAGAGCAGAGAAGAGACAUAAGAAAGCCCUGAAAGAGCAGAAGUACCAAAAAGAAAAAUUACUUUGUGAGCAAGCACGACGAACAAAUGCACGCAAACAUGCUCUGGAAGUGGAAAGACAAAGAGCAGCCAGAGUUGCAAGCCUGCCGCCUCCACCACCACGUCCCCUUGAGAAUUUUGAAGUGAAAAAGACCCCCGCAGUAAAGCUGCAUAGUGCCAAUAACUUCUCUGUUACACGUUACCAUAUUUCCGAACCCUACGUGGACAGAGAAGUGGAUGGAGAGCAGCCAGAUGCUCGGUUAGCUGCUGAAGAAGAAGGGAAACGUUUGGAAGAACUACACAGAGAUGCAGAGAGAGAGAGAAGAGAGCAGCUUGAAAAGGCACAUCUCAGAGGAAGUCAUGCCUUGAAGAAGGUCCAUUUGGCUCAGGACAGGGAAAGGCUACUGAAAGAACUUGAGCAAAUGCAGAAUAUGGAUCGGAUGCGCAGAAGACAGAUUAUAGCGCAGAUGCCACCUCAACUUUUUGUGCCUGCAUACAAACGCAUGGAAAUAAAAGAAGAAUGGCAGAGAGAAUUGGAGUUUGCAUUUGAAGAUAUGUACAGUGAAGACAGGAAAAUGAAAGGAGACCUGAUUUUACAGUUUGAGCCACAGCCUUUGCCAGCCCCUUCUGACAGAUCUCAAGAUAACGAUCUUGAUAUCUCUUUGGAGCAAGAAUCUGCUUGUGACACUCAACCAGAAUCUGCUUGUGAUACUCGACAAGAAUCAGAACAGAUAACAGAAGAGGAGGUCCCUAAUGAAUCAGAAAAUCAUAAAGAAGCAAAAACUCACCAACCUCAGUCCAAACUUGCCUUAAAGAAAUUGCUAAACAAGAUUAGAAGUCAAAAAGAGGAGUGGACAUCAAAAAGCAUGAAAGAGGUUCAAAGUGAAAUUGAGACUAUUGAAUCAGGCACUAUUACUAGUGAAGAGAGACCAUUACGUGAUUUAGAACUUCACUAUGAGCAACAGAGAAAUACGGUAUGCGAAGCCAAAGACUCUGUGAAAAUGUUGGAAAAUACAGUUGCAGUUGAAAAUCCAGUUCUAAUCCAUCCUCAAGAACAAGCAGCUAAAAUUAGAAUGGAAGAGGAGAGACGAAAGUGGAAGGAGCAAAUAGAGCAACAGAAACAGGAACAGCUGGCCUUGCUUAAACAAAUUGAAGAAGAGCGAGCACGUUUGGAGGCUGAUUUUCUGAAGAUCCAAAUGCAAACUUGUUUGGAGGAGGCUAAGAAAAAAAAAGAGGAGGAAGAACAAGGUCAGCUGGUACAAAGCCACAGUGUUCCCUCUACAGACCAGCAGAACAAAGUGGAACAUGAGACUGGAAAUACUACCAUAUCACAAACCAGAAGUCCUGGAGAAGACAUCCAUUUACAUAUGAUUCGUAAUUAUCAACAACGCCUUCUGCAGCAAAAUAGGAUGCACAAACAGAGCAUUGAAGAAGCUAGAAAACGUCUACAGGAGUAUCAGAAUAAACUGAAGCUAAGAUACUUGUCUACUUCUGCAACACCUCUGAGCUCUGUGGAAACAAAAUCAUUUCAUUUAAAGCCUGUCUCAGAACCACCUCUACAGAGGCAAGAAGUGCAACCAACACAAUACCAGUCAUCUGAACAAGUUCAUGCACAAGUGCAUGCACAGUCGCUACCUGUGUUUUCAGGAACACCACAUUUGUUGGAGAAACCAUCUUCACAGAAACAUGAACAACAAAUGCAUAACACUUGUCCUGGCAGACAUGUACAGCUUUUAGAAGCAUCGAAAUGGAAGCAUGGAGAGUUUUGUUUGCUGUGUGGCUGUCCUUCACAGGAACAAGUGGGAAUGUUGGAAGCCUCCAAUCAUCACAUCAGAGAACCAUCUCAAUUCCAGUUAUCAUCAGGGUUAGCCAUGGAAGAUGUCACUGCUGUAAGAAAGAGACCAGAAGCACAUGUACAACACGUUAGAUUUGUUUUGCCUGCAGAAGAUUCCUCUGAGCCUUCAGAAACGGUGCACUUCAGAGAGUCAUCUCAGAAGAUGUCUAAUCAUCAAAUAGAGAGAGAAGCUGGAGAAGAGCUUCCACUUAAGACAGUCCUCAUACCAGCAACAAAGGAAUCUUGUAUAGUUCAGGCAGCCUCAACUGAUUCUGUGGCGUAUCGGCAGGGAUCUGCUGAGAGCACCGUCAAAACAAGCCUUGAACAGCCCCUCAAUUUUUCUGAACCCAUGACUUUAUCUCAUGAAGAAUCUAAAGCUCAGGGUAUUGAGGAAUUCUUGAUACCAAAAACGGGAGAUGCAUCUUUGUUAAAUUAUUCUGGUAUACUGAAUUUAAGGGAAAGAGUGUUGGCCUCAUCAGAAAGCAUCCAAGCUCAGCAAAAGUAUUUGAAAGAAUUGCAAGAGCAGUUAGAUGCACAAAGAGAAGCUCUUCUUUCUAGACAGAAAAUACAAGAGCAACUACUUUUACAGAAGCAAGAUAAAUUGAAGGAACGGAUUCAGAGACAACAAGAGGCUUUGAAAGAAUUUCUGAAUAAGAAGGUGAGACAUAUCUGCACAAAUGAAGACAUCACAGAAGCACAAAAGCCUGACCAGAUUCCUAAGACUGACUUUUUCCAAGUCUUUGAAAACUACCAGCAAGAGAAUUGUGGCAGGAGUAAAUUUCACAGAAGUGAAAUGAUUUCACGGUGCAUUGAUUCAGCUGAGCAAACCGAACAGUCUGAGAAAGCUCUAUGUAGAGAACAGAAAUGGAGAUCUUCCAAACCACCUGUGGCAAAAGUCAAGUUAGGGCUUGAUUUGGAACAACAUGAACUUAGUGUUAUACCAGAGGUAGACACACCAAAGAGUUGCAACAUUUCUUUUUCAGCCCAGUCCCAGGAUUCUCAAGUGGCUCAAGAUUCACCAGUUCUUGCUGCUGAAGUUGGAGAGGGAGUUGCAACAUGUUCUGGACCAUCAUUCAGACUUGAUAAUACGGAAGUACUUUCUAAAGCAGUAUCCACAAACUUAGGUUCAAAGGCUUUCAUGCAAGGAAUACCCUGUGACUUAUCUUCAACGAUUUCUACUGGAAGCUUUUUGACUAGUGAAAUGUUGGAUGUAAGCCCUGUUGACACUGGAUUGUCUUCUGAUGGUACAGAAGGUAGAAUUUUGAGAGAAACAGCAAGCUGCCCUUGGAACUCCUCGCUGCCUUUUACCUUGUGGCAGAGGCAAGAGAAUAUGUCUGGAGCCUCUGAAACUCAGUUGCCUGAAGGAGAGAUGUACCUUUAUAAAGGAAGUCAGAUACAGCAGACCUUGGGGAAACGUACUGAACACUUGAACUCUUACUCUGAGGACAGCACAUGUUUCCGAGCUCUAGCAGCUGAACUUGAUUUCCCUGAAAUGGAGAGACAUUUUCCAAACUUCCAUCACCAGCUCUUUCAGCCUUUGGAACCAGGACUUGACUCUGAUACUUCAUCAUCCUGUUCUCAAUACAGAAUUUCACAAGACAGAGAAUUUAGCAAGACUUCAAAACUUUCAACAAAAAGUCAAGACACGCCAAUGUUUCUAGAAGUGGGAAACUCCAGUUUAAAUAUACAAAGAAGCAGCUUGCCUUCUAGUCUUGAAACACAUGGGCCAAACAACAUUGUAUCAGAAGAGUAUGUUAAAGAAAAUAUUACUCUAGGGUCUGAAGAGUCUUUUCACCCACUGCAAUUAGAAUCUACUCUGAGCGAUCACUGUCAGAAUGCAGAUCAGCUGGUGGACCUUAAUACUAUGUUAAGGAGAUCUUUUGAACAAACCCCUGGAAUUAAUAAAUGGGGCAAUGAGAAUUGUAUUUCAUCUGCCAGAGAGUAUGAAGAACUGGCAAGAAAUAUGGAAUGUAUUGAUCUCCAGUGUUCAAUGGAAGAGCUGCGAAAUGAAAGUCUGAAUCCAAUGGAAGAGCAAAAAUCAUUUUAUCAGCUAAAUACCACACCAGUUACAGUGGAUGAAACUUUCCCUCAACACUUAUUAGAAGAGACUGUGUCUUCUGAAAAAUUACCUGUGGAGGCAUUUGAUAAGAAGUAUGUGAAGCUUCCUGAAAAAUCAGUUGAUGUACAUGAAGCAAAUAAAGCAGUGGAGCUGGAUUCUCCAUGCAAUACAAAUGUAAAGGAGCCAGAUCAAAGCUUUCCAGAAGUACAGAAAUCUUCAGGGGUUCCCAGAGAAACCAACUUGGAAGACUCAGACAUGCAUUUACAGGCUGUUGUACAACAGAAUGUGUCUUCCCUGGGAAGACACGAAAAACAUUCUAUGUCUUUGCCCAGAAGCUCCUGUUGUAUUCCAGUCUGGGAGACUGAGUCAGGGCGUGGUAUUAUGGAAGAACCUGAACUCACUUUGAUAAGCUCAAAUGACAUCAGCAUUGCAGAAUCAGACAUUGAACAUACUAACCAAGAGAAAAUUAAGGAGGAUAAAAUCAAUCGCCCAGCAUGUGUGGAUCAGUCUGAAUUUAAUGCUUUUACUGAGGGGAAAGAAUUUUUACCACUAGCUCCAGAUGCAGAUAAUUCAGCGUUCCUAAAGCCUGACGGUUCUUCCACAGCCCAGAGUCCCAAUGACAGUCACUUGCCAUCACAUCGGACUGCAGUGAUGCUGCUGGAGUUUGCACCUGCACCCGGAAGUUUGCAAGAAUCUUUUUUAAAAAGGAAGAACAACUUCAUCCAGAAAUCUCUGAAGAGAAUAGAAGAAAUGAAAAAGAGGGAGAGAGAAAAUGAAAAGCCAGAAGCAAGACAGUUUCAAAGAGGAAAGUCUGAGAAGUUAAAGAGGCAAAAAGAGUCUGGAGAAAAAGGUACAGUUGUCCAUCAGUUGAAGAAAGUAGGAGAAGUUAAAGUGUCUUCUCCAGAGGACAAGAAGUCUGGAGAAACUGAAAUGCAGCAGCGUACUUCAAGACUUUAUAAUCAACUUGCAGAAGUAAAAAUUGCAAAGGAAGAAAAAACAAGGCAAGAAGUUUAUGCUAAAAACAGAGAAAAGGCUAAAGAUUUUCAAAAGAAAAUGCUGGAGAAACUACGAGCCAAGAAGACUUGAGAAGCAGUGACUAGCACAAGACUUUAAGCAGCAAGGAACACUACUGUAUUAGUACCAUUGAAGAGACCACUGAACACCACAGACUUCACUAAGUCAGUUGUGGAGCCUUUAGGAAUCCUCAGCUUUAAGCUGACAGAAAACUAAGUGUAUAAAAUUGGUGGAGUACUGGAGUACCCUCAAUAUUGUAUCCAAAAUCACUGCAGCAGCAGAUCAACUGCAGUUUUAAACAGGGUUUGACUGAGUAGACUUUUCAGUGUUCAAGGAAGAUAAUACCAACUCUUGUAAUAUAAAUGUAUAAACCACUUUGAAAUAAAUUUUUUUUUAAGGCUUGAAUCCUCAGGAUGCAAGACACUGCUUUCUUCUGUAAAGUUGAAAUUUUUAUCUGUUGUUUGCACUAUGUGAUUUAAGAUGAGGAAGUGUGGGUUCCUGCACUCAAAAUGUAUAUAUCCUUAAAGCACCUGAAGGUAGGAAGAGAAUAAAACCCUCAUAUGGUUACUACUUCUCAAUGUAGUUCUUGUAUCCAAGUUUCCUAAACUGCACUUCAGA